AUGCAGUAUUUGUUCCACUGCAGGGGGAUCUUCAACACCGGCCUGCCCUCCUUCCCUGCUCUGGGCCAGAUCCGCUCCAGCCGGGACGACUUCAUCUUGGAAAUUGUGGAUAACCUCUUCAUCAGAGAAAUACCUGCCAACUCAUUCAAUGGGAUCUCAGAGACUGAAAUCACCCUGAUGCUGAACAGCAAUGGUCUGACGGACAUCCAACCCUUUGCCUUCAACGGAACCAGACUGGAGGAAGUGUAUCUCUAUAGGAAUGUGGAUCUGGUGCGGUUGGACGAGAGGACAUUUUCUGGCGUGAUCAGCGGGCCAACUCUUCUAGACGUUUCCGAGUCGAGAGUGAGCUCCUUACCCACAAUAGGUCUGGAGGCCGUUCAGAAACUGAAGGCUAAAAACACUUGGGCCCUCAAGAAACUACCCCCCCUGAGUGCCUUCCAGCAUCUGCAGAGCGCCGAGCUCACCUACCCCAGUCACUGCUGUGGACUCAGCAAACUGAAGAGGAGGAGAGGACACGUCGAGUCCGUCAUUUGCAACCUGACCAGCUCUACCAGACGACAGCGAUCAACUAGGCCCUCUGGAACCCCCUCUGAGGCCUACGAAGGGCGCGAGCCCUCCCCCCGAGACCGCCAGCACCUGCAUCCCACCAGCAGCAGCCCCUCCCCCCGAGACCCCCAGCACCUCCAUCCCACCAGAAGCAGCCCCUACCCCUACGACUACCAGUACUACUACGAUAACUACAGCUGUCCCCAAUCCGGCGAGUGCUUCAGCGACGGUCCCUACAUAGUGUUCCCUACGGAGGACCCAGACGAAGGCUUCGACUACACCCUGUGUGACGACAACCAGGAGGACCAGGGGGUCCCCUGCACCCCUCUGCCCGAUGCCUUCAACCCCUGUGAGGACGUGAUGAGCCUGGGCUUCCUGCGGGUGUCUGUUUGGCUGGUUAGCUUGCUAGCCGUCCUGGCUAACCUCUUGGUCCUGUUCAUCCUGCUGACCAGCCACUACAAACUGACCAUCACCCGCUUCCUCCUGUGCAACCUGGCCUUGGCAGAUCUCUUCAUGGGCGUGUACCUCCUGCUCAUCGCAUCUGUGGACCUCCACACGCGCUCCCAGUACCACCGCUACGCCAUCGACUGGCAGACUGGUGCUGGCUGCCAACUGGCCGGGGUGCUCACAGUGUUCGCCAGCGAGCUGUCGGUCUACACGCUGACCGCCAUUACUCUCCAGCGCUGGCACGCCAUCACCUUCGCCAUGAGGCCCGAGAGGAAAGUGCGACUACGCCACGUAGCGGUGCUAAUGCUAGCCGGAUGGCUGCUGUGCCUGGUGUUAGCUGUGCUACCCCUAGCUGGCGUUAGCAGCUACCAGAGGGUUAGCAUCUGCUUGCCCAUGGACACAGACUCGACCGCGGCCAUGGUCUACGUGGUCACCCUGCUGAUGCUGAACGUGCUCGCAUUCGUGGUGGUGUGUGUGUGCUAUGUACACAUCUACUGCAUGGUGCACAACCCGCAGCACCCGUCGAGCCGAGGGGACGCCAGCAUGGCCAAACGCAUGGCUGUGCUUAUCUUCACUAAUUUCCUGUGUCUGGCACCCAUCUCCUUCUAUGGCCUGUCCGCUGUGCUGCACCGCCCACUCAUCACCGUCACCGACUCCAAGGUGCUGCUGGUACUGUUUUACCCUUUGAACUCGUGUGCCAACCCCUUCCUGUACGGUAUCCUGACGCGGGCCUUCCACGGGGACGUCCUGAUUCUGCUGAGCCGUGUGGGGCUGUGUCAACCCCAGGCCCAGUUCUACCGAGGAGCACAGCCCGACAUGGGCAAGAGGAGCCAAGGGGUCCCCUGUCCUGGAGCCUACAUACCCCAGAUCCUGGAGCUCCGCAGAGGCAGAGACCGUAAAGACACCAAGGAGCAGGUCAUCAAACAGGCUGGACCCAACGUGUUGCCAAGCACCAGGAAGAAUUAGAACCACAGCUGGGAGAGAAUGGAUUUAGUUGGUUCUCCAGUUGAAUGGUGGUUCUCAAACCUUUCAUUCAGACAAAACCAUGUUUCUGCUCCCAAUUAAGGGCUGGAUUAAAUCCAUAUCGCGGAAGUAUCACGGAAGAUCUGAUUUCAAAUGUAAAGGUCAUUUCCGUAUGAGCAGACAUAUGCAGUGUUUAUUGUGAACGCAGUCUCCGCAAACACGGGAACAUUGCCUUUACAUUUCAACGCGUAUCUUUCCCAAUACUUCGGUGAUACAGACUGAAUUGAGCCCUUGAUCCAUGAUCUAAGCUUGACUGGUCAUGAUGACCAACCAGUUAGGAAUUGUGGAAUCAGAUUGGACAUGGAAUGUAAAUGCGCCUUUUAAUUUAUAUAUUGCGUAUGUUUUUUUAAAUUCAUGUUGUAUAUUGCAUUUCUGAGUUGACUAGAAUGAAACACACAGCUUGUUUGAGGAACAUUACAGAGAACAAACCAAGAGGAGAAACUAGAACAGCUAAAGGUGUGUAGUAGAGAACCAGUGUGGAUCCUCGGACUGUCGGAGUGUGUUAGAUUGUUGUUUUGCAGGGGCUUUACAGUUUUAUUUUACAAUUAUCAUGUUAAAUAUUGGCCACUAUCGGGAGCCACCUUCAGAAUACCCGCAUACAUUUAUAAACUGUCACUUUUCUUGAGAAACAUAUUCUAUUCUUAUUUACAAUAUAAAGUGACUCCAAAUGACACAAUACAUUAUUUACCAAGCAUCACUAUUGGGCACAAAAUAAUCUAAAACAAAACUGCAUAUGCAUUCAAAAAGUGUGUAGUCACAAGGUUGAUGUAGUCAUUGCGUGCUAGGAAUAUGGAAUCAAAUACUAAAAACCA